AUGAGGAUGUUGAUCUACCUGAAACACGUGUGUGGAAGUCUCAUUGAAAAGCUCCCUGAAUCAUGGAAGGACUAUAAGAACAACAUGAAGCACAAAAGGAAGCAAAUGAGCCUUGAAGACUUAAUUGUGCACAUCCGAAUCGAAGAAAAGAACUGUAUGCAAGACAAAGUCAUCAAAGCCAAAGAAAUUUCGUCCAAAGCCAAUGCCAUCGAAGGUAAAUCUUCCAAGCAUUACAAUAAAUCUAAAUUUUCUAACGCCAAGCAUGACAACAGAUCACAACCCAAGCAUGAGAACAAGUUUAGGUCAACCAACAAUUGGUCAAACUUCAAGAAGAAGGGAAGUUGCUUCGUAUGCGGAAAACCUAGGCACCAUGCACAUGAAUGCAGGCAUAGGAUGAGAGAUAACAAUCCAGCUAGAGCAAACGUGGUCGAAGCAGAUGAUAUCAUUGUUGCAGUCAUCUCUGAGAUAAAUGUGGAAGCAAAAUAUCUCACCCUAGGUCAAAUAAUUAGGCCAAUCAAUUUGGGAAUUAUUUGA